GACCAUAUUGCUGUUAAGUCGAAUUAAGGCGACAUUAAAUGGGCAAAGGAAUUGAAGAAAUGGACAACAGGACCCGGGUACAAGAAACAAAAGAACAAGCAACCACCACAGCUUGCCAAAAAGGAAAAAUCACAAAGUUUUAACCUGAAUGGCAAUCUCUGAUAUUGGUGGUAGUAAACCCCAAGGGCAGGUCCUUACAAAGCCAGCUCACCUCACACCCUAUCACACUCGACACUCGUCAGUGGUCAUAGUUCAUCACUGCACAGCUCUCCCACUCCACUGCCCUCACUCCCACGCCGACACUCGCCAUAAUGCGCCGCCUCCACCUCGCCGCCGCCGUCCUCGCCGUCAUCGUCCUCCCCCUCGCCGUCUCCGCGGCCGGGGGCAAAGCAGCGGCAGCUAAGGCGCCCGCUGCUCCGCCGGCCCCGCCGAACAUCACGGCGGCGAUGGCCAAGGGCGGGUGCAAGGCGUUCGCGGCCCUGGUGGCGGCCUCGCCGGACGCGCACUCCACGUUCCAGUCGGCCGGGGACGGCGGCGUGACGGCGUUCUGCCCCAGCGACGACGCCGUGAGGUCCUUCAUGCCCAGGUACAAGAACCUCACCGCCGACGGCAAGGCGUCGCUGCUGCUGUUCCACGCCGUGCCCGUGUACUACGCGCCGCGGAGCCUCAAGUCCAACAACGGCGUCAUGAACACGCUCGCCACCGACGGCUCGGCCAACAACUUCAACCUCACGGUGCAGAACGAGGGCGAGCAGGUGACCAUCAAGACGGACGCCUCCGACCACGCCGCGCGGGUCAGGUCCACCGUGUACGACAAGGACCCCAUCGCCAUCUACGCCGUCGACACGGUGCUCGAGCCGGUGGAGCUCUUCGAGCCGGCCGACUCCCCGGCGCCGGCGCCGGCUCCCGCCCCCGUCGCGGACGCGCCCAAGGCCCCCAAGAAGCAGGCGCGCCACCGGCCUGUAGCGGACGCGCCCGGGCCGGCCGCCGAGGACGCGGCGCCCGCCGACCAGAGGAAGAACUCUAAGAAGAGCGCGGCGUCCGGCGCUUCGUGUCUGCGAUGGGCCGCAGUCCUGCCGUUCGCCGUGGCCGUGGCCGCCGCUCUGGCUUAGCCAAAGGGUUGUGGUGGAUCUGUACGGGAGGUGGUGGUGUGUCGGUGGAUUGCGUUGCGCGUGUCCUUUGUGUCUGUCGGUCAGUGCGUGUGCUCCUGCAGUGAAAUUUCUAUCUUUACUCUUUCUUGCCACAUUGAUGUUGUUUAGUACU